GCAACAGUCAUGGCGGGCUGGACCAGGUCCGUGUGUGUGCCGGUGGUUUCCGGGUCGGUGCUGCUGUGCGCGUCGGUGCUGCUGUGCGGGUCGGCGUCUCGCCUCUGCGGCGGAGGGGCGCUGUUCACGGCCUGCUGCUCGCUGCUCUGCGCCGCGUGCGCGUGCGUGUGGACGAUCCGCGCGACGCGGAGGCUGCGCAGGCGAGACGCGCGCGCCGGCCGGCGCGCGUGCGUGCUGGUGCUGGGGGACGUCGGCCGCAGCCCGCGGAUGCAGUACCACGCGUUGUCCCUGAGCAGGCACGGAUAUGACGUCACUGUCCUCGGCUUGGCAGGCACCAGGCCUCACCAGGACUUGCUCACAGAUGGCAGAAUACAGAUAGUGCCCAUCGCGGAAGUGAAAGGCAUUCAAGCAGGUCCAGCAAUCACAAGAUACGUGACAAAGGUGGUCCUGCAGUGUCUGCAGCUUCUGCAGCUGUUGAUGAAAAUCAGCUUACAGUCUCAUGUUCUCUUACAGAAUCCUCCAGGUUUGCCUAGUAUUUUGGUGACUUGGUACGUGUGCCGUCUACGUGGAAGCAAAUUUAUCAUCGACUGGCAUAACUAUGGCUACACCAUCAUGGCGCUCUCCCACGGGCAGAGACACCCUAUCGUCAGAAUGGCCAAGUGGUACGAGCACUUCUUUGGGCGUCUGGCUGAUGAGAGCGUGUGUGUGACCAACGCCAUGAGAGACGACUUGCAGAUGAACUGGGGAAUCAAGGCCACCACUCUGUAUGACAAGCCACCCGCCAUAUUCAGAGAAACGCCGCUGGAGCGCCGACACGAACUGUUCAUGAGACUGGCCAGGACUUAUCCUCAGUUCCAGACAAGUGGGGUUCGGCAUCAGGACGAUGCAGCAGAGAGGACGGUCUUCUCGUCUCGUGACCUUACAGAUAACACGGUGACCUUGACCCCCGGACGACCUGUUCUGCUCAUCAGCAGCACCAGUUGGACAGAGGAUGAGGAUUUCUCCGUGCUGCUGGAGGCCCUGCAGGAGUACGAAGGCUUCGUCGGAAGAGAUGCCUCGCUGCCGCCUCUGGUCUGUGUGAUCACAGGUAAAGGUCCCCAGAAGGAGCAUUACAGGAAGCUGAUUGACACACUUCAUUUUGAGCAUGUGAAGAUCUGCACCCCAUGGCUGGAGGCCGAGGAUUACCCCGUCCUACUGGGUUCAGCAGACCUGGGCGUGUGCCUGCACAAGUCCUCCAGCGGUCUGGAUCUGCCGAUGAAGGUGGUCGACAUGUUUGGCUGCUGUCUUCCAGUCUGCGCCAUCCACUUCGACUGUUUACAUGAACUUGUGAAGCACGACGAGAACGGACUCAUCUUCAAAACCGCCGAAGAACUGGCAAAGCAGCUGAAGUCUCUCUUUUCAGAUUUUCCUAGUGAUGACGGCAGGCUUGGGUGGUUCAGGAAUAACCUGCGGACCAGCGGAGGGCAGCGCUGGGAUGAAAACUGGGACCAAAAUGUGCUCCCCCUGAUUGGCGCAGCACAGUAGAGACACACACACGGUCGAACCCACAGCAACCACAACGGCUGAUGUUCGAUGGCUGCCGCAUGCUGGCUCCAAAAAGACAAUGGUUGUGUAUGGAAGUUAAAAAUGUUUCUUUGGGGCGUUCGGGUGGCGUAGCGGUCUAUUCCGUUGCCUACCAACACGGGGAUCGCUGGUUCGAAUCCCCGUGUUACCUCCGGCUUGGUCGGGCAUCCCUACAAACACAAUUGGCCGUGUCUGCGGGUGGGAAGUCAGAUGUGGGUAUGUGUCCUGGUCACUGCACUAGCACCUCCUCUGGUCGG